AUGGACGAGUACCGGCCGCGCCGGUCGCCGGCUACCGAGCGGUUCGUCGGGUUGUUCUCGUCGCCCUCCUCGUCGCCGACGGAGUCGUCGUUCGUCGCUGGGGAUGAGUUCCACGAGGACGACUUCAUGUUCUCAUCCGCCCCAGUCGCCGCCUCGGACGCGCGGCCCGACGGGCCAGGGAGCCCCACCCGGGUUCCGCAUAGCCACCUCGGUCUCCUCGCCGCGCUGCACGAGGGGGACAAAAGGCUCCUUGUUCGCCGCGCCGGGGUCGGGAGCGGGGCAGCGGCGUCGGCUGUCGCGGCCACCCCGGCCACGCUGCUCCGGCGCAAGGCCACCAUCGCGGCUGCCACUUCGGCAUCUGGUGGUUCGCUGUCGCCCACCCAGUCCCCUGCCUCCGCCGCGUGGGCUAUCCCGGCGAACCCGAGGCCCAAGAACCGCGCACCGGCCCCGCAGUAUCACCAGUCGGCUCCAGUUAAGGUUCCCGUCCGCCCGCCCCCGAAGCCGGCCAUGGACAAGUGGGACGAACUGGACGACGAUGACGAGCUCCGACACGGGGAUGCCGCCAUGCUGCCCCCGCACGAGAUGGUCGCGCGUGCGUCUGCUGGUGGCGCCGGGCCGGCCGCCCCCUUCUCGAUGCUGGAGGGCGCCGGUCGCACGCUCAAGGGCCGAGAUCUUCGACGGGUACGGGACGCUGUGCUCCGGCAAACCGGAUGGCUCGACUGA